GAUUGAGCAAAAGCCAGCAACCGCAUGUAACUCAUCGCCCCCCCAUUCCAUCCUUUUAUCGAUACAAUCGAAAUUGUUGAUAAAUACAUCUUUUAAUAAAAUAACAAAGAAUAUAAUAAUAAUCUUAUAUAGAUUUAUUCCGCCAUUCAUAUGAAUGAAUGAGUGAUAUUUGUUCGAGUAAAAAAAUAGAAUAUAAAUGGCUGCUUCUUGUUAUCCCCCACUCAAAUUCAACAAUACGUUUAUACGCCGUCCAAAUCUUUCUUCAAAAUCCCUAACCCCAUUUCCUAAAUCUAAACAAUUCCAAUAUUUUCUUCUUUCAAAAUCUUGUCAUAAUAAUAAUAAUAAUAAUAAUGAAGCAGCUGCUCGAUUCCGUUACUCACCACCACCGCUCAAAGCAGCUUUCACUCAGACCAUUGUCUCCAGGGCUGAUGCUCAAAACCACUUUCCAGAUGACCUUCCUUUUCAGGUUAACAAAGACGGUAGCUUUUUGAAAACGGAAAUGAAUCUGCAGAAAUCGAGUCAGUUGACUAAGCGGGUUGUGUUUGGACUUGGAAUCGGGGUUUCCGCGGGUGGAGUCGUUCUAACGGGAGGAUGGGUAUUCUCUACGGCUUUAGCUGCUGUCGUUUUUGCCGGUUCAAGGGAAUACUUUGAACUUGUUAGGAGUCGCGGCAUUGCUUCCGGGAUGACUCCUCCUCCACGUUAUGUCUCUCGAGCGUGUUCUGUUAUUUGUGCUCUCAUGCCUUUAUUCACUCUAUACAGGGGUCAAAUUGAUGUUUCUGUGGCAUCAGCAGCCUUUGUCGUUGCUAUGGCAUUACUGCUACAAAGGGGAAGUCCACGUUUUUCCCAACUCAGCAGUACGAUAUUUGGCCUGUUUUAUUGUGGUUAUCUUCCUUCUUUCUGGGUUAAACUUAGAUGCCGUUUGCUAGCACCUGCCUUGAAUACUGGAGUGGGAGCUACAUGGCCUAUACUUUUAGGUGGCCAAGCUCAUUGGACGGUUGGUCUAGUAGCCACAUUGAUAUCAAUCAGCAGCAUAAUAGCAGCAGAUACAUUUGCUUUUGCUGGUGGCAAGGCAUUUGGUCGGACACCACUUACCCGUAUUAGUCCCAAGAAAACAUGGGAAGGAGCGAUUGCAGGCUUAGCAGGAUGCAUAGCCACCUCUGUAUUGUUGUCAAAGAUCUUUUCUUGGCCAACUUCUAUACUCAGUGCUAUAGGUUUUGGUAUCCUGAACUUCUUUGGCUCUCUUUUUGGCGACCUUCUUGAGUCAAUGAUCAAAAGAGAUGCUGGUGUGAAAGAUUCAGGAUCACUCAUCCCCGGUCAUGGCGGUAUACUAGACAGGGUGGAUAGUUACGUUUUUACAGGUGCGCUAGCUUAUGCAUUUGUGCGCAACCUACUGCCCCUUUAUGGAGUUUGAAUUCAAUUAAUUUCGUGAGUAACCAUAUGAGUAGGCCAACACAUGACGUAUCUGCUAGAAUUGGUAGAGACGAGGAUUUCAGCUUGCAAAAGGUAAGUAAGAAAUACAUAUACAAUUUAAGUUUAAUGUUUAGAGGAACAUGUAUGAGGAAAGAAUGUAUCGUAGUUUCAUUUACAAGAUGGCACAGUUUUAUAGUA